AUGGGCCACGCCUUUCAAAUGUAUCAUUCGGUAAUACUAAAGUACAAGAAUCUGGGCAUAGUGCAUUUCAUGGAACGACAUUUGUGUGACGAUAGCGACGUUUGUACAGCACAUAUCAUUAACUGCUUCACUGGACUGCGAAAAAAUUACUACCCGUCGACGGUUCUCAUUUAUAUGUCAAAUAUGUCACCUGGAUCCUCCAUUGGGACGGCGUUGUCAGCCAUGGGAGUGCGAGUAAUGCCUCCCAUUGCAGUGAUGCAGUCAUUUGGUUUGGAUUCCCCAAGAAAGUCUUUCCAGUCCUAG